CCCGUUUCUGAACAUGUCAAAGAUUUAAUGUUUUUUUUUAUUAGUUACUAUAUUACUGAAGCAUUUCAACACCAAAAAAUUGCUGUUUGUUGCCAAUAUUAAUGGCGACAUCGUCUAAAAGGAAAAACGACCAAGGCGGAGUAGUCAUUGGUACUAGCUCAUCGCAGGACCUCGUCACCGACCAAAACUCGGGUCGUCGCCAGGAGCAAAAAGUCUACACAUUCAGUGACCGGCCCUCUCCAAAGCCAGCGGCACAACCGGGAGUCCAUGCAAAAGACGGCGAAAAGACUAAGCCGCAAAAGACCAUUCUAGAGGAACACGGCAUUAUUCUGGGCAAAGUUAUUGGCACGGGCAACUAUGCCAAAGUCAAGAUUGGCUUCUCGGAGGAGUACGGUAAGCGGGUUGCCGUCAAAAUCAUCUCCAAGGUGAAGGCUCCCUCUGAGUACACGCAGAAGUUCCUACCUCGAGAGAUCGAAGCGGUAAAGGGUUUACACCAUGACAAUUUAAUAACCUUUUAUCAGAGCAUUGAGACGAGUCAUAGAGUCUACCUGAUUAUGCAGCUGGCUGAGAAUGGAACCCUUCUAGACUACGUACGUGAACGCAAGUUCCUGGAUGAGCCACAGUCGCGGACGCUUUUCAAGCAGCUUGUGAGUGCGGUGGAGUACAUCCACAGCAAAGGAGUGGUGCACCGAGACAUCAAGUGUGAAAACCUGCUGCUGGAUGAGAACUGGAAUUUGAAGCUAAUCGACUUCGGGUUCGCGCGCAAAGAUACGCGAACUCCAGAUUACCAGGUGAUUCUCUCAAAAACCUUCUGUGGCAGCUACGCUUACGCCAGUCCCGAAAUUCUAAAAGGCGUGGCCUACGAUCCUUUCAUGUCGGAUAUCUGGGCCUGUGGCGUCGUCUGCUACGCGAUGAUUUUCGGUCGUCUUCCCUACGAUGGCUCUAAUGUGCACAUCCUCCUAAAGCGCAUCAAUCAGUCUCUGGUGUUCCCGAAGUCUCCAUCAGCCUCCAGCGAGUGCAAGCAUAUGAUUAUGCACAUUCUUGCGCCAGUAAAAAUCCGGUAUAAUAUUCCACAGGUCAAGGACGAUCCUUGGUAUUUGCUGAAAUAAAUAUUUGGUACUAGUUAAUAGUUAUGUGCAAAAACAUCCCAAAAUUGUAAACGUAAAAACAAAUAAGCAAAACUAACUAGCAAAACGA